AAUACUGUUGCCCGAAGGACUAGCAACGGGCCACGCUAUCAAUCGCAUCCUUCGCCGUAUUCAAUUCUUGAUACUCUUGCAUCCCGAUUGAUAAGCGUCGAAGAGCGAGAGAGUCCAGCUGGAACAGGUAGACCGGCACUCGAGCCGAGAAACGAAACAAAACCGAGAAACACGAAUGGUCGGUUGAUUGAUUGAUUGACUGAUUGGUUGGCUGAUUGAUUGAUAUUGAUCGAAGUGAACCGUUUAUACAAUACCUGUCACGUUGCGUUCAUUGAACGCGCACCGAUCGGUCCGGAAGUUUCACUCCGGCCACCGCGAUAGCAAGAAACGAUUGGAUAAUGCGAGUCCUGCUGGCGAGACGCUUUCGUGAGAACAGGAACGCCGCCCAACAAUCACAAGAAGAAGAAGGAGGAGAAGAAAAAGUCGAUGGCUUGCAAGGCUGGGACGAGACAGAUCGAUCCGAGCGACAAGACAAAGAAGGGGGAGAGGGAGACAAUCACCCUACCGCGUUGAAACCAAAACAACCAAACCAGCAGCAAAAUUUACCGACGGCGUCCUCGUUGACUCGGAAACGAAAGGCGCAAUCGCAGAGCGGMCCGAAAAAGGAGAAGACCAACGGCAGCAGCAGCAGCGAGGACACGGCCGAAAUACUCCCCGAGAUUCGACCAGUGGUAAGAGAGCCAACGGAUUCCGUGAGCGAGAACAAAUCCAGAAUCAACAACAACGGCAAAAGUAAGAACAGCAGCCAAACCGGCGGAAUAGAAUUGAAAACAUCCCCUAUUUCGUCACAGGAAGCACCAGGAGCAGCAGAGCGCUUGGUAGAGAAAGAUCUUGCUACAUCCAGACCUGACACUUCGCUUGAYUCGAAAACCAGUGCACGCUAUUCCACCAAAGACAAGAAAGCCAAUUGCACAAUGGUGAGUGCAGGAGGGAGACAGAAUCACUAUCGUGGAAACCGCAACAUUCGAGACGCAGAAGAAGAGGACAAAUGGCGGUAUAGAAACAACAGCGAYAUCGACGCAGAGCUGCACCGGGUUGUGCUGCGACGAACGGACAACCCCAGCGAAUCCCACGCCUGCGAGGACCAACAAUGUUUCGAGAACGAUCCCGCAUCGGCCCGUGGGGACACUGCCUGCUUUUCUUCCGAGCGCCUGGCAGACCACACCCGCAUCCAAUCCAACGGCCGUUGCUCGUCGGCCACGAACGGUGCCACCGGGAACUACGCGGUGCCCGAGCGAGAAGGACCCUUCCGGGGCGUCUCCGGAUCGGCGUCGGCUCCGUUGUGCAGCGACAAUGGCAAGCGGAGAGCUUCCGAACACGGCGACGGGGCCGCCGAGGGCAGCGGUCCCAACCACCUCACCAAGGAGGAGAUUCGGUUCCGGAACGUCCUGAAGAGAGAGCGCGGGCUGGAGAUUCGGGAGCAAGCCGGAGACGGAAACUGUCUCUUUCGUGCCAUCAGCCUCCAGGUAUACGGCGACCCUUCGAUGCACACGGAAGUUCGAAAGCGGUGCAUGGAUCACAUGGUACGUACACAACUCGACACGGCGCGGYGCGGCGUGACCGACAGGAAGAGCCGGGCACACCGUAUCGGUUGCAUCUCAAUCUUGCUGUUGCUCGUUUCUAAUUUGUAUUGAUAUCGUGGUUCCUAUCCUGGAUCUGUUCUCUGGUGUCUUUGGUUCGGCAUCGUUUGCUCGCGACGAAUCAAAUACAAACAUGCAGGAGCGCGACCAGGAGCACUUUUCGCAGUUUGUGACGGGGGAGCCCUUUCUUCGUUAUAUUGCCCGGACCCGCCGGGACGGGGUUCACGGGAACAAUUCGGAAAUACAGGCCAGCAGCGAACUCUUCAACCGACCCAUCGAGGUCUUUACGCCACAGAACGGGGCCGUGCCCCUCAACAUUUUCCAUGCCGAAUACAAAACCGGAGACGUCCCCAUACGACUCUCCUACCACGACGGGAACCACUACAACGCGGUCAUCGAUCCGCUGGCACCGACCGCCGGAUUGGGACUGGGCCUUCCGGGCCUGCAGCCACCGGGCUAUGCCGACAAGAUGCAGAYGACCAGGGCGGUGGCAGARUCCAUUGCCACCCAGGAAGAGCUGGCGCUYCGGAGAGUGAUGGACGAGUCUCGGAGCGAAUACCUGCGCAAAACCGRCCGGGGCACAAGCGAAAACGRCAGCGACGACGACCUGCAGCGUGCCAUCAAGGAAAGCCGCCUUUCGGCGGAGCAGGUGAGUUUUUCGAAGAACGGCAAACUAGCUGCAACGAGUCCGAAAGCAGGUGUCUGUCUGUCURCCUGCCUGCCUCUAUGUCUGCCUAUCUGCCAACCUACCCGUCUAAUUAUUUGCCCCUUUCUUUGUGCUCUGAACGAUUGCCUUGUUUUUAUUUAGAUGAACAGGAACAAUGCACUUUCCUUAUCCGACAUGGACGCAACGUAUUUUGACCUGGAGCAAGCUGCACUGGAAAAUUCGUUGCAGUCCUUGGGCCAGAAAGAGGAAGGGAAAAAGCAGAGGGCGUCUACAGGCAAAGCAGCCUCACAAAAUAUAAAUAGCAGAAAGAGCAGCAGCAACGGGAACACCUUGGAUCCCAAGCCAGCCACGAGGGGAGAUCGAAAAGUUGCGGCCUCGCUGCCCAAAUCCACGUCGGUCGAUUCGCUCCCCUGCCCGUCGAGGGAAAACAUUCCGAAGGCGGCGACCGCGAGUGCCGCUGCUUCCACCGCUGCCAGAAUGCCAGCGAACGUCGGUGCCUCGUCGCAGCAGCCGCUCUUGCCCCUGGAACAAUACCCCUCGGUCGUGCGAGAGAUGGUGAGCAAUGGAUUUCACCCGAGGUGCGCGGCAAACGCCUACGAGCUGGUCGGGGACAACUUUGACGACAUGCUUUCGCUGUGUCUAUCGACCAACGACCUCUACAAAUGAUUUGUUUGGCACGGCAUGGUGCUUCUGUGACAGCGAUGCAUGUGUCCAACGACGACGCGCGCGUGCGGUGAACGGCAGAACGAACGAACGAACGAACGAACGAAUGGUACCGUGUGAAACAAACUCGUUUCGCUUUCUUUUGUUCCGGUGGGUUUCCAAAGAACCACAAAAGCGAAUCUAGAUCCACGCCGAUUCCGAAGGAUUUCUAAUCGCUUCUUUCGACCAAUGACGCAUGGCUACUAAGGYAAUCGAAUGGAACUAUUGAAUARUAGAAUUCCCGAAAGCUAUAAUUCCAUAAAUUCAUGCAUUCACG